AUGCAGGGUCAGGUUCCUACUUUCAAGCUCAUCCUUGUCGGCGAUGGUGGCGUGGGUAAGACCACCUUCGUGAAGCGCCAUCUUACUGGUGAGUUCGAGAAGAAGUAUGUCGCCACGCUUGGCGUUGAGGUCCACCCUCUCUCCUUCCACACCAACUUCGGCCCCAUCUGCUUCAACGUGUGGGAUACCGCCGGCCAGGAGAAGUUCGGAGGUCUUCGCGAUGGUUACUACAUCCAGGGCCAGUGCGCCAUCAUCAUGUUCGACGUUACGUCGCGCAUCACCUACAAGAACGUCCCCAACUGGCACAGGGAUCUUGUGCGAGUCUGCGAGAACAUCCCCAUCGUUCUUGUCGGAAACAAGGUCGACGUCAAGGACAGGAAGGUCAAGGCUAAGGCCAUCACUUUCCACCGCAAGAAGAACCUGCAGUACUACGACAUCUCGGCCAAGUCGAACUACAACUUCGAGAAGCCUUUCCUCUUCCUCGCCCGCAAGCUCACCAACAAGGCCGAUCUUGCCCUCGUGGAGUCGCCCGCCCUUGCGCCCCCUGAGGUUGCCCUCGACAUGAACCAGAUCAAGCAGUACGAGCAGGAGCUGUCUCUGGCUGCCCAGACCCCUCUCCCCGAUGAGGAUGAGGACCUGUAA